UCUCUCUCUCUCUGUCCAUUUCGAUGCACUUAUUCUAGAAAAUAUAUUUAAUGUUCAUAUCAAUGGGUACACGCCCUCUUCUUCCCAACACAAUGAUUGAUGCUCAAGAUAUCAUUGCUUCACUUUCUCUAUUUCUAACCAAGUGAAAGGCAGAAGUAGAUAAUCUUAGAGCAAUAACAGAGGAAGAGCAGGUGAGAAAGAACAAGGCAUUAGAUACAGAGAAGCCACAAGGAUUGAGGAUGGAUGAAAGGGGCUUUAACUGUCUCAUAUUUCUCCUACUAGGUCAUUUCCUCUGUUCAGUACAGGUUCCACUUUAACAAACAAGAUGUCAAUGGGGCGCGUCAAGGCAAAAGUCCAAGAAGACAAACAGCCACAAUUCACUUCACGGCCAAUUUCCACAACCCAGAAAGACAUUACCACUCCAAUCACAACGGUUCCUACAAUAACUCCAACCACACCUUCUUCAACAACACCAAUAAUAAAUCCAAGCUCAACCCCAGAUUCAGUCAUUCCAGCCACCGUUACCCCAAUUGCAAACCCAGUUGCUUCUACACCUACACCACCUGCAUAUUCAGGAGGAGCAAGCUGGUGCGUUGCUAGUCAAAGUGCCUCCAAAACAGCGCUGCAAGUAGCUUUAGACUAUGCCUGUGGAUAUGGUGGUGCUGAUUGUUCAGCAAUUCAGCCUGGUGGAAGUUGUUACAACCCCAACAACAUUCGUGACCAUGCAUCAUAUGCGUUCAAUGUGUAUUAUCAAAAGAACCCUGUUCCAAAUAGCUGUAACUUUGGAGGAACAGCUGUUACCACUAGCAGUGAUCCAAGUGCAGGGACUUGUCAGUAUCCAUCCACUAGUGUUUGGAUUGGGAUUGCAUGCUUGCAGCACAAGUUCAUCAGUGUUGAACACAACAAAUUCAAGCGGGUCAACGGUUUUUGGUGCAGUUCCUUCUGGCCCCUCUCCUCCAUUAGGGGCUGCCAAGUUACACAGCUCACCAAAUUCCAUCAUCAUGGCAUCUCUCAUGAUCAUGUUGCUGGCCCAUUUUCAUCUCUGAGAGGGACUCUCAAUAGUUUUAGGUGCAGUUUCUUCUGGCCCCUCUACCCAAUUAGGAGAUGCGAAGUUAGACAACUUACCAAAUUUGUUCAUCAUGACAUGUCUCCUGAUCAUGUUACUGGCCAACUAUCAUCAUGGCAUUCAAUACAUUGAAGAGAGAGUGCCACAUGGUUUUUGCAGCCAUAAUUUUGAAUUGGGGUUACUCAUGGGCUUGAUUUGUAUAUUAGAUGUUAGUGAUAAAAGAGGGUCCUCGUAGUGGGGAAAGGCGGGAGCAAUUCUGGAGGCUUUUUCUAGGAGGUAGUAAACCAAUAGUAUAGUUUUGUUUCUUACUUUUUCCUUUUUCCUUCCCUUUUUUUUUUUCCUCUAUUUUCGGUGUUGUUAUAACAGAAACAUACGAUUGGGCUCUUCAAACUUGGUUGGGAGGUUGUAAUUAUAUAUGGUACUGAAUCCAUAAACCUUGUACAGAUUCUCUAAACCAUACAUACAAGCAAGCUUUUUAUCUGA